UGACAUAUGAAUUAUCACUCACUACGGAGAAGAUAAGGAGGAUUCACAACCCAAACUUUUUCCAAAACAAACUCAACUACAGCAACAAAGCUUUUUCUCAGUUUCAUUAAUUUCUUCUGUUUUUAGAAAAUUAUGGAGAAAACUGCAGGAAAACCAAUCAGAUGCAGAGCUGCAGUAUGUAGAGCAACAGGAGAAGCAUUGGUGAUGGAAGAGAUAGAAGUGGCGCCACCUAAAGCUUAUGAAGUUAGGAUCAAAAUUUUAUGUACCUCUUUAUGUCAUACGGAUGUUACCCUCUGGAAAAUGCCUAGUUCUCCUAUUUCGAUAUUUCCAAGGAUUUUCGGACACGAAGCUGUCGGUGUGGUUGAGAGCGUGGGAGAAAAUGUAACGGAUGUAAAAGAAGGAGAAACUGUUGUGCCAGUGUUUCUUGCGAAUUGUGAGGACUGCAGGGAUUGUAAAUCCAAGAAGAGCAAUAUGUGUACAUCUUUCCCAUUCUCAGCAGCUCCAGGUAUGCCCAGGGAUGGACCUGGAACUAGUAGAUUCACGGAUUCCAAUGGAGAAAUUUUACAUAAUUGCUUGGGGGUCUCGAGUUUUAGCGAGUACACGGUCAUGGAUAUUGCUUAUGUUGUCAAGAUCUGUCCUGAAAUUCCUGUUGACAAGGCUUGCUUGCUUAGUUGUGGUGUCUCAACUGGAGUAGGUGCAGCCUGGAAGGUGGCCGAUGUAGAGGCAGGAAGCACUGUUGCCAUCUUUGGCCUUGGAGCCGUUGGGCUUGCGGUUGCAGAGGGUGCAAGAAUUCGCGGAGUUUCUAAAAUUAUUGGCGUCGAUUUAAAUCCAGAAAAAUUUGAUACUGGGAAAAAAUUCGGAGUGACUGAUUUCGUUAAUCCAAAGGAAUGUGGGGAUAAAUCAGUUAGUGAGGUAAUUAAAGAAAUAACAGAUGGAGGUGCUGAUUACUGUUUCGAGUGUGUCGGGUUAGCUUCCGUGAUGAAUGACGCCUUCACUAGCUGUCGUGAUGGUUGGGGGAAGACAAUCGUGUUAGGAGCGGAAAUGCAUGGUGCACCCUUGAGCAUCAACACAUAUGAGCUAUUGAGAGGUAAAAGCAUAGAAGGUUCAUUGUUUGGAGGCAUCAAAGCUAAGACUGAUAUUCCACUCCUUGCUCAAAGUUACCUUAACAAGGAACUUCAGUUGGACGAAUUCAUCACUCAUGAAAUUAAUUUUGAAGAAAUCAACACAGCAUUUGAUUUACUCAGUCAAGGGAAAAGCCUGAGGUGCAUUAUUUGGAUGGACUAAUAGACCUUCUUCCUCACUCUUGCAUUAUUUGAAGAAAUAUGGACAACAAUAAAAUCAUAGUGAGAAAUAAUGGUUGGGAGGGACAGUUAGUGAAUUGUUCCCACCCAUGCUUCAUUUGAUUCUAAUACUGUAAGAUAACACCCCACCAGAAAAAAGUUUCAAUUUAUGGUACAAAAUUUGGAAAGGAACAUAUAGUCACAUACUUUCUUUCAUAAAUCAAAUUCCCAGCUUCUAGCUAGGCCUUGUCGAUUCUUUUA